AUGACCCUUGAUAUGAACUUUUUGGAGCAGCUCCCCUUCGACGAGUCGCUGUACGUCGCUAUUCCCCAAAUCGUCGGAACCGAAUCGUUCAAUUUACAGAAAACAGGCGGGGCCGUCAAGCUAUGGACGGGCCAUGCAGAAGAACACUUUCCCCGGGAGCUCCUUGUGAAGCUGUGGGAAGAGUUCAACUACGUAGUUGAAGAAGGACGGACAUAUCCGUUCUGUGCAAAAUUCUCGUACGAAGAAUAUAUGGAGUACUUAUUUGGCGGCAAGAAGUUUUUGGCGAUUCUCGCGGAAGAAGACGAAACGACGCCAGAUUCGUUUCUUGGCCAUUUCUACGUCAAACCUAACUAUGUGGGCCGGAGCUCUCACGUAUGCAAUGGCGGAUUUGUAGUCAAUCAUGGUAAGAGAGGUUUGGGUCUUGGAAAGGAGUUGGGCCGGAAGUAUUUGGCGUACGCUCCCCGGCUCGGAUAUGUGUAUUCGGUGUUCAACUUGGUGUACGAGACCAACGUGGCUAGUCUGAAGAUCUGGGACUCUUUGGGAUUUGAGAGAAUUGGAUAUGUGAAGAAUGUUGCCAUGCUUAAGGGCGAGUCUAGUCUAGUGGGUGCCCAUAUCUACGGAAAGGAUCUUACCGAGUGA